GUCCUGUGAUUGGUACACUGCGCUGUCUGGAAGUGUCCCUGGCCGACUGUGCACACCGGUUACUAAGAGACUUGACAAGUCGAGAGGGUACAGAAUAUCUUUUGUGGUUCCAUUUUCAAUGCUCUACGACAGUCUUUCGGCGUGAGAGACAGAAGAAAGUCGUCAUAGUCGCUUGUAUGUUGAGAGGUCCCCGGUAAGAUGGACAUGUCACAUCACCUUCACCAUGAACACCAUGCUACCACGCUUCCUCCCGCUGCCAUCACGGGUUCGCACGGAGGCGACCACGGAGGAGACCAUGGAGGCGACCACGGCGGGGACAACGGCGGUCACCACAUGAUGAUGCAAAUGACCUUCUACUUUGGAUACACUGAUGUGGAGCUGCUGUUUGCUGGACUGGUUAUCAAUACCCCUGGAGAGAUGGCAGGCGCCUGCAUCGGGGUGUUCCUGAUGGCCGUGUUCUACGAGGGGCUGAAGAUCGGCCGUGAGUACCUGCUGCGGAGGAACCAGGUCAACGUGCGCUACAACUCCAUGCCCAUCCCCGGCGCCGACGGCACCGUGCUCAUGGAGACCCAUAAGACCGUGGGCCAGCGGAUGUUGAGUCUGGCUCACCUGCUUCAGACGGUGCUGCACAUUGUCCAGGUGGUGGUCAGCUACUUCCUCAUGCUCAUCUUCAUGACCUACAAUGCCUACCUUUGCAUCGCCGUGGCAGCUGGGGCUGGCGUCGGCUACUUCCUGUUCAGCUGGAAGAAGGCUGUGGUGGUGGACAUCACCGAGCACUGUCACUGACAUUCUCUGCCACACACAAACACACACCCCUCCUCAACCGUUGUCGGUUUUGCCAUUCAAAUUCAACUUGAAUAUUGGGAACUUUGCCAAAGCACACGUCUGCAAAUGACGAGCCCUGUUCUCACAGUCACAUUAAGAUGUUCCAAGGCGGUCUCACUGAAGCUUUAAAACGGCAAAUUUCAUUAUUCGAAUGCAGUAGUAAUUAAAUGUUAAGCACUCUGGCGAUGACGUUUUAAAGCUUUCGUGAGUUCCGAAGUAAAACCUGCAGUAAUUUGAACUUUCCUAAUGUGACUUUGUGAACAGAGUUCUGCAUUUCUGGGGCAGUUUCUCCAAACCAUCCACACCCUUGAUUGAAAGGUGGUGUUUUUCCUGUCUUUGAGCCCCUGCACCGUUGCCCUGCAUGCCCCUCUGUACCCGCCACGGUACCCCCCUCAUCCAAAUACCCGAACUCCCCCCCCCCUUCCCGUCCGUCAACUCGUGCACUGUGACACAGUGCCACCAGUGUGUGAUCCGUCUAAGUUAGCUGUCUUAUCUGGCUUAUACUGCACAGUACACGGCAUUGUGCAGAUAACCGCGCCGGCCACGCGGCGAUCCCGGUUCAUCAUGUUUCCCUGCAUCCAGUCAGGUGCGUGGUGAACUUUAACCGCCGGGCUGCUGCGUCAGGUUAGCCGCCCGCAUGCGGCAGCGGCUCACAGGCGAGGGGGGAAAGGGUGCCACCGAGGGUGGGGAGGCCGAGUGACUCUGUGCCUUAGCGAGCGCUUUGCCUUAAACAAGUGGGCCCGGAUCUGGCCAGCUGUAGUCUAAGAGAGCUCACUCAGUAGACAACUGACGAGAAUCAUCACUAUUCUAAAAACUAACACUUUUCUUAAUGUGGUUGCAAGUAUGUUGAGACAUUGCCUUACUGUGACAUGUGAUCUAAUUGGUUUGAGCACAUCUGAGAGUUUGCCCCAUUUAUGACAUUGUGUUUUUUUGUGUGUGUGUGUGUAAUGUCAAAGGAUUAUGAUGGAGGGGGGCUGAUUUUGGGGAAUGGGCCCAACUGUGACGGUAAUAUCAAACAGUCACAAGUGACAAGUGACAGACCGCGGGUCGUGUCUGAGACCAGAGCCCAUAGACUGUGGGGACCAAAGCUGGCCAGUCUCGACUUGAUUUGUGGAAGUGAAAGAUGGUUCACUUUGUAGACAAUUCAAUUACGUUUUUUAAGUGGAUGUUGGAAAAUGUUUGUUAUACAGUAUAUGUAGGAAUAUAUGUUGCCAGUAUCGCACGAAAAGUAAUUUUAUCACUUUUUUAAGUAGCACUAUGAUAAUGUAAACUCUACAAGGUACUGGCCUUAUCAUAGCUCAGACCAUGACUGGACAAUCUUCUGAAAACUGGCUAUUUGAUGGGGUGAAGCAGCACUAAUUAUGCCAUCUAAUGUGUAACUAUACCUGCAUAUCAGUGUUAUACAGUCGUGGUGGCUAUCUCUGUGUCUCCAACAACCUCAAAGCAGGGAAACCUUUGACACUUACACAGAUCUCUGCUGCUAUGCUGGUGAUCAAAAAAUGGUGAUUUCUCCUCACUGGAGAUGUAGGUGAGGAGUGACGAUGGUUUGCAAAACCCUUCCUGCUGGUUCGUAGUCAUCUGAUUACAGUUCAAAGUGCUGAGGUUCCAAGACUGAGCAGAGGAUUCUGGGAAACUGGGAGAUUUGCUGCAGUACUACCUCUCUCACUGACUGCCACCAGCAGCACCUGGGAAUUUACAGUA